GGUCACAUAAGAAAGCCUACGUGAAGGCUGUUCGAAGGCACAAAUAUUCACUUGAUACACAUCAACUUUUAGCAGAUGCUGGAUAUGCACCUAAAGUCUUUGCUAGUUCGAUUAUACCUGGAAAUUGGUGUUUAGUAUAUAUGGAAUACCUGGACAAUCAUUCAAUGUUACAUCGCGUCGUUCUUGAUGACCAAGAACAAGGUUAUUUAAGAAAGAGGAUCGAAAAUGUGGUUAAGUAUUUGCAUAACUUGGGACAUGUGCAUGGUGAUUUACGUGAAGGAAACAUUUUAGUUAGUAGACUUAAAGAAAACGAUUUUGAUAUAAAAUUGAUUGAUUUUGAAUGGUCAGGGACAAUUGGUUCUGUACGUUAUUCUCAUUUUAUAAAUCAUAAAAACAUUCAAUGGCCGGAUGGAGCAGAAGAUGGUAAAAUAGUUAUAAAGGAUCAUGAUAUCUUUAUGCUAAAUCAGACACUUCAAGCAACAAAUUUGCUAUAA